AUACAGUGUAUUAUGUAUCUAUGAUAAUGACCAAUCACUAUCAAUCAGUCAGUAGCACGAUGUGUUUCGUAGAUUGAGGUGGUCAUGUAAUAAAAAUAUUACAAAUUAAUAAUUAUUCAAGGAAAUAUAACGGGGGCAGGGUCAAAGUGCGAUGGUUUUCGAUUGAUGUAUAUUUAAUUUCAAGUGGUUUGCAGUUUAUAUUAAGUAAAAAUGGCACCUUCAUUAUUUAGUUAUGAAACUCUUGUGCAUGCAAUAGCAGGAGCAACGGGCAGCGUAGUUGGCAUGGCCGUAUUCUAUCCAUUAGAUACAUUAAGAUCGAGAAUACAAGUUGAAGAUUCCAAGAAACUACAAGGAUCAUCACUGGAGCUGCUAUUAAAAUUAGCAAGCGAAGAAGGGCUAGAAUCCUUAUACCGAGGAUUGGCACCCGUUUUGCAGUCUCUGUCAGUGUCCAAUUUUGUAUAUUUUUAUACAUUUCAUGGGUUACGUAGGGUGUCAACGAAAGAAACAUCUGCCCUGAAAGACUUGAUGUUCGGUUUAAUCGCUGGAAGUAUAAACGUUCUUCUUACUUCGCCACUAUGGGUUGUUAAUACCAGAAUGAAGUUACAAACUUCAACCUACAACAGCCUAACCGAGGGAUUAGUAGACCUCUACAAAAAGGAAGGAGCUAAAGGUCUGUGGUCUGGUACAGUACCCUCUUUAUUACUUGUCUCUAAUCCAGCAAUUCAGUUUAUGGUUUACGAAUCGUUAAAGAGGCAACUAAUAGCUAGAGGCAUGUUUGAUACGUUCUCUGCAUUUCUUGUUGGUGCCGUGGCAAAAGCGGUAGCCACAACAUUAACUUAUCCAUUACAAUUGGUACAAUCAAAACUUCGUGCUGGCACCAGUUUAAAACCUUUAUUUAGAGAUGUGAAAUCGCAACCCUUGUUGGCGUUCCGUGGGUUAGAGGCUAAAUUACUGCAAACAAUCAUGACAGCCGCUCUUAUGUUUAUUAUUUACGAAAAGUUAGUCCGACUAGUGCUAACGAUAAUGAGAGUCAGAAUGGCUAGGCAUUAAAACGUUGACUAACCAAGUUCAUAGAAGCGAGGAGUGAUUACGUCACUAUUUGCGUUUACUACAUUGAUACAUAGAUCAAGCUACAGAAAACCUGUUUCGUUGGUGUAUUGCAAAGUUACGAAAACACAAGGUCGCAUCUUGAUCAAGAUCAUUGUUUAUUUAUUAUGGGAUUUAAAAACGCAUCCUAACAAGGUCAAUAAUUUAAAUUCAGAAAAUUUACAAUAAAUAUGAGUACACAAAGAUGUGUAUAAGCGCGAAGUAAAAAAAUAAAUACCUAGAUACUACUUAAUAGAAUCUCAUAAUUAGCAUAUUACAGCGUUCAACAAGUUAGUUACUUCUAUUUGAAUAAUAAUGAUAAUAACUUGAAGAAAAAAAGCACGACAAAAUUUAUUGCUGUAUGAAGAACAAUGAUUAAUUUAUAAUAAGUAGUAGGUAUUCUGUGUUAGACGUGUGCCAAAUGAGGAAACUGCUUGCAAAAAUAGCACUAUUGUGGUUAUAAAAACUCGAAGAUGUGAUGUGACGUAAAAGGGUCACACUAUUUGCUAAUUUACAGAUGAUUGCCAGAAGGUACCUGAGUCUUACAAAUUAGUUGAACAAGCAACCUUGACUGCCUUAACAUGGGUGUGUUAAGUCGAGGUUACUACGAAAAUUUUAGUAUUAAUACUACAUAAUAUAAAUCCAAGUUCAACAAUAAUUAAGUAGUCAAUAAUUUAAAUAACUCCUAGUCUCCUUGACAAGAACAAAAUAACGCAUGAUCGUUUUGUAUACUGCGCAAA